GAGGGAUCUGUACCAAAGCCCCAGGAGGGAUCAGUACCAAAUUCCCAGGAGGUAUCUGUACCAAAGCCCCAGGAGGGAUCAGUACCAAAGUCCCAGGAGGGAUCUGUACCAAAGCCCCAGGAGAGGUCUGUACCAAAGCCCCUGGAGGGAUUUGUACCAAAGCCCCAGGAAGAGUCUGUACCAAAGCCCCUUGAGGGAUCUGUACCAAAGCCCCAGGAGGGAUCUGUACCAAAGUCCCAGGAGGAGUCUGUACCAAAGCCCCAGGAGGGAUCUGUACCAAAGCCCCAGGAGCGGUCUAUACCAAAGUCCCAGGAGGGAUCUGUACCAAAGUCCCAGGAGGGGUCUCUACCAAAGCCCCAGGAGGGAUCUGUACCAAAGCCCCAGGAGCAGUCUAUACCAAAGUCCCAGGAGGGAUCUGUACCAAAGCCCCAGGAGGGGUCUGUACCAAAGUCCCAGGAGGGAUCUGUACCAAAGCCCCAGGAGCGGUCUAUACCAAAGUCCCAGGAGGGAUCUGUACCAAAGCCCCAGGAGGGGUCUGUACCAAAGCCCCAGGAGCGGUCUGUACCAAAGCUCCAGGAGGGGUCUGUACCAAAGCCCCAGGAGAGGUCUGUACCAAAGCUCCAGGAGGGGUCUGUACCAAAGUCCCUGGAGGGAUCUGUACAAAAGCCCCUGGAGGGGUCUGUACCAAAGUCCCUGGAGGGAUCUGUACAAAAGCCCCAGGAGGGGUCUGUACCAAAGCCCCAGUACAGCUAGCAGUUCCUUUUCUUUUUUCCGUCUCGCUCCUCACAGCUGCACGUUUGAACGCAGGCCGAGGGCCUGACAGGGUUGCUGCUGGAUGAC